ACUCACUCUCUCACCGUCGCAGAGUUUCACGCCGAUCAAAUCUCCGAGGUUUGGUGGAGGGAAAGAUAAUAGCUGCAGUUAUGGCUAUGAGUCACACGAGAUCGUUGAGGAGGGUUAUCAAUUCCACGGAAUUGGAUGCAGGUGCGGUGUUAGUGUCGGGGCGUCGAGCAUUGUCUGCUAAAGCAAAGAAGGGUUCGAAAGGCGGGGCUGGUGAUGCACCGAAAGCCUCAAUUUUGGACAAGGAAGUCAAGUCUACGACUGUGGUUGGAGCCAAUAUACUCAAGGAUGGGACGGAUCCUAAAAUCUUGCCUGAUUCAGAGUACCCUGAAUGGCUUUGGCAUCUGGUUGAUAAGCGUCCUGCGUUGAGUGAACUGAGAAGGAAGGACAUUGAAACUCUCCCUUAUGAAGAUCUCAAGCGUUUUGUUAAGCUGGAUAACCGGGCAAGGAUCAAGGAGAACAACUCGCUAAAGGCCAAGAACUAGUUGUAAUCUCUCGUUUGUGACAUCCAGUAGUUUGGCAUGGUGGGUAAUGCUGCUCCCAAGUUCCUGUAUGGAGUCUAGCUCAGGUUUGCUUGAGUGACUUAUCUCAUACUUGAAAACAUAAUUGCUCAUGUAUUUUCAUUGUGGUCCAGUUAGUUCUUCUUCUUUGAUUUCAAUUUUGAAUCCAACUGAAUGAAUCUUCUUAUGUUUGUUACAAAAGAACUUUGCAAGAUGCUGUCGAGUUAUGAUGUAUUGGUCAUGGAUGAUUCAAUCUUAGCAUUAUCUGU